AUGGCGACCGCGAUCCCUUCCAUAGCAUGCAUAGGCAUCAUCGGCCGCAACAACAACCCCCUCCACAUCCAAAUCUUCCCCUCCCACAACCCCUCGACAAACACCUUUGCGCCGAUCCGCACGCCCCUCCAAUUCUCCCUCCUCCUCUCCUCGACCCUAGACAUCUUUGAGCUCCGUCACGGCAACAACAACAACUCCACAGGCGGCGGUGCUGCCGCGGCACCAGGGUCAACGGGGACAGGUCUGUCCGGCGAAGUAGGUCUCCUCCACGCCGUUGACGAACGGCUGGCCGCGUACGGGUGGGAGACCAACACGGGCGUCAAGAUUGUGGUUGUGGUUGAUAUGCGCGGGCGGAGGGUCGGCGGUGGUGGCGGGACGCCGGGAGCGGAAAGUGCUGCUGCUGCUGGCGCUGGCAAGGGCCGCGGCGCGGUUGGGUUGAGGGAGCAGGAGUUGCGGGUCGUGUUUCGGGCUGUGCAGAACGCGUAUGUGAGGUUGUUGCAGAAUCCGUUUUAUGAGCCUGAUGAACAUUCGCCUGUGAGCGGGCGUGGCGGGAGGGUGAUUAAGAGUCGCAAGUUUGAGGGGGAGGUGAGGAGGGUCGGGGAGGGGUGGACGCCUGGUGUUACGACUCUUUGA